AUGGGGCCGAGGUGCGCAACUCAGUCAGGAAGUCGAGCAGGGUUGGACUCGGGGCCGAUGGAGCCGAUAAGGGCCGAGGAGCACAGCGUAGGCGGGGUGAUCGCGCAGUUGUGGGGCGGGCUGACCGCGCUGAAGAGCCUCGGGCAUUACGCGACCGAGGAGCAAGGCAGGGGCGGGCUGACCGCAUUGAAGUGCCUUGGGCAUUACGCGACCGAGGAGCAAGGCAGGGGCGGGCUGACCGCACUGAAGAGCCUCGAGCAUUAUGCGACCGAGGAGCAAGGCAGGGGCGGGCUGACCGCGCUGAAGUGCCUCGAGCAUUACGCGACCGAGGAGCAAGGCAAGGGCGGGCUGACCGCGCUGAAGUGCCUCAGGCGUUACGCGACCGAGGGGCGUGACCCCGGUGGGCAGACCGCGCUGAAGUGCCUCGGGCAUUACAGGAGCAAGGCGGGGGGCGGGCUGACCACACUGAAGUGCCUCGAGCGUUACGCGACCGAGGAGCAAGGCAGGGGCGGGCCGACCGCGCUGAAGAGCCUCGGGCAUUACGUGACCGAGGAGCAAGGCAGGGGCGGGCUGACCGCACUGAAGUGCCUCGGGCAUUACGCGACCGAGGAGCAAGGCAGGGGCGGGCCGACCGCGCUGAAGAGCCUCGAGUAUUACGCGACCGAGGAGCAAGGCAGGGGCGGGCUGACCGCGCUGAAGAGCCUCGGGCAUUACGCGACCGAGGAGCAAGGCAGGGGCGGGCUGACCGCACUGAAGUGCCUUGGGCAUUACGCGAUCGAGGAGCAAGGCAGGGGCGGGCCGACCGCACUGAAGAGCCUCGAGCAUUACGCGACCGAGGAGCAAGGCAGGGGCGGGCUGAUCGCGCUGAAGUGCCUCGAGCAUUACGCGACCGAGGAGCAAGGCAAGGGCGGGCUGACCGCGCUGAAAGGAGGAAGUCGAGGGUGGGCUGACCGCACUGAAGUGCCUCGGGCGUUAUGCGACCAAGAAGCAAGGCUGAAGAGCCUCGGGCAUUAUGCGACCGAGGAGCAAGGCAGGGGCGGGCCGACCGCACUAAAGUGCCUCGGGCGUUACACGACCGAGGAGCAAGGCAGGGGCGGGCUGACCGCACUGAAGUGCCUCGGGCGUUACGCGACCGAGGAGCAUGACCCAAGCGGGCAGACCGCGUUGAAGUGCCUCGGGCAUUACGGGACCGAGGAGCAAGGCAGGGGCGGGCUGACCGCCCUGAAGUGCCUCGGGCGUUACGCGACCGAGGGGCGUGACCCCAGCGGGCAGACCGCGCUGAAGUGCCUCGGGCAUUACCCGACCGAUGAGCAAGGCAGGGGCGGGCUGACCGCACUGAAGUGCCUCGGGCAUUACGCGACCGAGGAGCAUGACCAAGGCGGGCAGACCGCGCUGAAGUGCCUCGUGGACUACUUUAUCUUGAUCGGCGGUUGUUUGUUUAAGUGUGCGCAGGCGGCCAGACUCGCUUUAGCCGUGGCCUCGGGGUUUAUGGAGUCGAGGGGCACGACGCAGGCGUACUGGCGGUGUUAG